AAAGAGAUUAAAGGGAUUAACUGAACCUCUUUAAGACAGCGGAAAGGCUUAAUCAUGAGUCUAUUACAAAGGCUAUUAGUGUUUGGAGUGGCGGCAAUGGCGGUGGGAUUGGUGGCAAGGGUAGCUUCACAUGAUUAUGGUGACGCAUUAACGAAGAGUAUCUUGUUCUUUGAAGGCCAGAGGUCCGGAAAGUUACCCCCUACUCAAAGGAUGACCUGGAGGAAGGAUUCUGCCCUUCGCGAUGGCUUUGAGAUUGGUGUUGAUUUGGUGGGAGGUUACUAUGAUGCUGGUGAUAACGUUAAAUUCAAUUUUCCAAUGGCUUUCUCCAUAACUAUGCUAGCUUGGAGUGUACUAGAGUUUGGUCAAUCCAUGGGCUCAGAUCUGCAACAUGCAUUGGAGGCAAUUCAGUGGGGAACCGAUUACUUCCUUAAAGCCACAAGCAUCCCUGGCUUUAUCUUUGCUCAAGUUGGCGAUCCUAAUGGUGAUCACAACUGCUGGGAGAGGCCUGAAGACAUGGACACCCCUAGAACCCCAUAUGCAGUCAGUAAACAGUUUCCAGGGUCAGAAGUUUCGGCUGAGAUAGCUGCUGCGCUUGCAGCCUCUUCGAUGGUGUUUAGACCUAUUAAUCGUGAAUAUUCCGCAAGGCUCCUCAAAAGAGCAAGAAUGGUUUUCGAAUUUGCAGAUACGUACAGGGGAUCCUACAAUGAUAGCCUUGGACCAUGGGUGUGCCCAUUUUACUGCGAUUACAGUGGAUAUGAGGAUGAAUUACUUUGGGGAGCAACAUGGUUAUUCAGGGCAACUAGGGCUCCCUAUUAUUCGAAUUAUGUUUUGGACAACAUUAACAGCUUGGAGAAAAGUAGUAGCUAUGCGGAAUUUGGAUGGGAUACCAAGCACGCUGGGAUCAACAUACUUGUUUCCAAGUUGAUUAAGAGUCAAACUCCUUCUGUUAUCAAUGCCGACAUGUUUGUAUGCUCUCUGCUGCCUAAUUCACCAACUGCAUCAGUCUCCUACACACCAGGUGGACUCAUUAUUAAACCCGGAGGAAGCAAUAUGCAGCGUGUAACUGCUUUGUCCUUCCUUCUUCUUGUGCACAGUCGCCCUCUAAGUAAAGCCAAUCGAGUGAUCUAUUGUGGCGAUGAUAUUGUUGCCACGCCUGCCAGUCUUGUUCAAGUUGCAAGAAGCCAGGUGGAUUACAUAUUAGGAAGCAAUCCAUUGAACAUGUCCUACAUGGUGGGAUAUGGCAAGAAGUUCCCGGAAAUGAUACAUCAUCGGGGCUCGUCUUUGCCUUCGAUUAGUCAACAUCCUCAACACAUUGACUGUGGAGGCGGAGGAACCUAUUUUUCUAGCAACAAUUCUAACCCCAAUUUGCUAACAGGAGCUGUUGUUGGAGGACCUAAUGUUAAGGAUUCUUAUGAUGAUUCCAGAGUCGAUUUUGAACACUCGGAGCCAACCACAUACAUCAAUGCACCUCUCGUUGGCCUCCUGGCUUACUUCAAAUCACACUAGCAUUCUGCUCUUAUUGAAUUUCUAGCUACUGGUUUUGAUUUAUAAAAAUAUGUAAAUUUAUUAGAUCUAAAAGUGGAAAUGUGUAAUAAGUAGUUGUCAAUCCCAAUUUAUAUAUAUGGAAUGAA